AUGAGCGCUCAAGGAAUGCCACCGCAUUUGCUGGCGCUGUUUUGCCCGAGGCCUCCGCAAGCUUAUGAGAAACCGCAGAUUCGGAAGGCUCCGGUGACUGCUCAUCAUCUUACGGGUUUGGCCGACUUCGUGGAGUAUUUCGAGGGCGGAGAACCUCCGGAACGUGAACACGGUGAAACUCCUCUUGAAAGGAAAAAACGAAGGGCUAAGGAGAAGAAAGAAAAAUAUGAAGAGUUGAUCGAGAGGUUGAAAGCUGACUACAAACCUCAAAAUAAUGAUAAAGUAUCAGGAGAUCCUUUCAAAACUCUGUUUGUGGCAAGGGUGGCGUAUGAGACUACUGAGAAACAGUUGCAGCGUAUAUUUGGAGAAUAUGGUCCGAUAAGGAAGGUUACUAUUAUACACGAUUUGGAGGGAAGGAGUCGUGGAUACGCUUUCAUUGAGUAUGACAAUGAGAACAGCUUAAAACAGGCUUAUAAAAAUGCUGAUGGGAUCAAAGUUGACGGUCGUAGAGUGUUGGUUGAUGUGGAGAGGGGCAGAACGGUCUCGGGGUGGAUACCAAGGAGAAUGGGAGGCGGCAGAGGAAGUGGACGAAUUGCCAAACCGAAAUCGAAGAAAAAUACUAUUCCUGGAGGACCACCACCGUCACCGUAUGGACCUCCGGAAUGGGAGUCGGGAUAUUCCUCGAGAAUGUCGUCGUCGUGGGGGAAAGGGAAAGGUAUAGAUGAAGGGUAUUUUGGCAAAGGAAAAGGAAAGGGAAAAGGAGGACCAAGAUGGGGAAUGGACGAUUUUGGAAAGGGCAGAAAAGGUUAUGGUGGACCUCCACCUUAUGAAUCUAGUUGGGGUAAAGGGAAAGGAAAAGGCUCGAGAUAUGAUGACAGCGGUCCUCCGCCGCACAGACCGGUGGAUGAGUUCGCUCCACGUGUGAGAGAUCGCGAUAGGGACAGGGCAAGGGCUCGGGAUGACGUGACCGCGAUCGCGAUCGUGAGAGGAGGGACUCUCGAAGAAAUCGAUCGCGCAGUAGAGAGCGUCGACGCCAUCAUCAUCACCACGAUGAGGAAUAGAGAAUGCUCUCGAGUUUCCCCAACUUGCCGAAAAUUAUGCAAUAUCGUCAGAGACGCUAUUGAGAGUGUCGUUUUAGACGCCUCCUCUACGACUGUUGAGACCGCGGGCACUUUAGGGAGGUACGUUAUUGGUGUAGAUCCUCUAGCGUGUGCACGCGUGCUGACCGGUACGCUGGCCGAGAACGAUUAUGUUAAUUUAAUAAAGGAUGAGAGGAAUCCUUUUACUGAUGCAAAUGAAUGUAGUUUUCGUCGACUGGAAGAUUAUGCGAAUUUGAAGAAUCUAACGAUUCGGAAUAUUAGAGGUCGCGAGUGCUGGUUGAGAUUGGUGGAAACUUUGCGACGAUCAAGUUGGAGUCGAGUCAGAUGCCUAGUGUUUGAGAGAUGCCAUCUUGAUCCGUCUUUCGUUCAUUUCCUCGCAUCCAUAUUCCCGCACUUUGCCGAACUACAAUUCCUCCGUUUCGAGCAGUGCAUCUUCCUUCCCUCAACACUACGACGAGUUUACUUGGCGAGAUGCCUUCAUGAGGGCGACGGUAGAGUUCCUAAAAGAAAACAUGCGAGCUCAGAAGCGAUCGAUCGAUGUUAUAUAGGAAAAUACUCAGAAGCUCUGCUGCAUCUCAUUACUGCUAUUGGUCGGAUUACGCAAGUUAAAAAUCUGGUGAUGACUGAAUGCAAUUUGGGUGCCCUCCAGAAGAGUCUGCAACAUCUGGAACUGGACGAGAACUGUCUCUUUGACGCUGGCAUUUAUCCAAUAGCGCAGUCGCUUGCCUCGGGAGGAUUCGCCGAGUUGGAGACCCUCAGUUUGAUGGGAAAUUAUAUUUCCACUUAUGGAUUCAUCACACUCUUGAUGUCCUUGCCUGAGGCGAAGAAGUUGACUGAUGUAGAUUUGAGUGAUAAUCAAAUUAAUUUCGUGGCGCGCGGUCAGGGUGAGGAAGUGAUCGAUUUGGAUAUAGCUGAUUUUAUGAUGAUUUACGUGAAGGCCUGGGCGGAAUCGUCCUCGAAAAAGUUGCAUCUUGGCCUUGCUGGUAACAAUCCGUGUGGAACGGUCGUUGCUGCUGUGGAGAGGGCAGUUGAUAUACUGGAGGAAUCCAAGGCAACAGAGGGCAUCUUGGACUUUCAACAGCGUUCUGUUCGAUCGACUUCGACACCUUCCUUUCAAGAGGAGGACGAAGAUGAUGAUGAUGCAGAUUCUAUGAUGGCGGACUGUGGAUCUCACGAUAGCUCCUCCGAGGAGGCGGCAUCGAUCGGCUCCCGUCCGGCGGCAAGCAGCUCAGAUGAUGAUGACGAAGACGACGAUGCCAAUUUGGACUUGCAAAUAGGGCUCACGGCUCUGGCAGGAGGGGAUGAUGGCCGCAUCCCAAAAAGAUCUCGCCGAGGGACGAGGGUAGAAGUGACAGAAAGCGAAGUCGAGCGAGAACAAAAUGAACUGCAUGAGAUGAUGAGUCGAAACCCUCUAUGGCGGUUGCGAAACGAAGAAUUUGUAAGUGAUGACGACGACGAUCAAGAUUUCGAACCGGCUGUGGACGCAUCGGAAGAUGAGGCUCUCUCUGGGUUGGUGACUGAUGACGAUAUGUGA